GCGGCCUUGUGGGUAACGCGGGGCCGCCAGGUGACAGCUAAUGGCGGCGGCCGCCAGAGGCGGGCGCUAGAGCUGGGCUGCAGGAGGCGCUCAGUGGGAUCUUCCCGGCGCCGCUCUCCUCGCGACUGUGGCGUCCCCGCGGCGGCAGAGCUGGGAGCGAUAUGGACAGGCCGGCGGCGGCGGCGGCGGCCGUGGGCUGCGAGGGCGGCGGGGGUCCGAACCCGGGGCCAGCGGGCGGCAGGAGGCCUCCUCGAGUGGCGGGGGGCGCCACCGCCGGCUCCCGGCAGCCCAGCGUGGAGACCCUGGACAGUCCUACAGGAUCACAUGUUGAAUGGUGUAAACAGCUUAUAGCAGCUACAAUUUCUAGUCAGAUUUCAGGUUCAGUGACAUCAGAAAAUGUAUCCAGAGAUUAUAAGGCUCUAAGGGAUGGAAAUAAGUUGGCCCAGAUGGAAGAAGCAUCUCUUUUUCCAGGAGAAUCAAUUAAGGCCAUUGUGAAAGAUGUCAUGUAUAUCUGCCCAUUUAUGGGAGCAGUGAGUGGAACCCUGACAGUGACGGACUUUAAGAUGUACUUCAAAAGUGUAGAGAGGGAUCCACAUUUCAUCCUUGAUGUUCCCCUUGGAGUGAUCAGCAGAGUUGAGAAGAUUGGAGCACAGAGCCAUGGAGACAAUUCUUGUGGUAUAGAGAUCGUGUGUAAGGAUAUGAGGAACUUGCGACUCGCUUAUAAACAGGAAGAACAGAGUAAAUUAGGGAUAUUUGAAAACCUCAACAAACAUGCAUUUCCCCUUUCCAAUGGGCAGGCACUAUUUGCAUUCAAUUAUAAAGAAAAAUUUCCAAUUAAUGGCUGGAAAGUUUAUGAUCCAGUAUCUGAAUAUAAGAGACAGGGCUUGCCAAAUGAGAGUUGGAAAAUAUCCAAAAUUAACAGUAAUUAUGAGUUCUGUGAUACCUACCCUGCGAUCAUUGUUGUGCCAACUAGUGUAAAAGAUGAUGACCUUUCUAAAGUGGCAGCCUUUCGAGCCAAAGGCAGAGUCCCUGUGUUGUCAUGGAUUCAUCCAGAAAGUCAGGCAACAAUUACCCGUUGCAGCCAGCCACUUGUGGGUCCCAAUGAUAAACGCUGCAAAGAGGAUGAAAAGUACUUGCAAACAAUAAUGGAUGCGAAUGCACAGUCACACAAACUUGUCAUCUUUGAUGCUCGACAAAACAGUGUUGCUGAUACCAACAAGGCAAAGGGUGGAGGAUAUGAAAGUGAAAGUGCUUACCCAAAUGCCGAGCUCUUGUUCUUGGAGAUCCACAACAUUCAUGUGAUGAGAGAGUCGCUGCGCAAAUUAAAGGAGAUAGUGUAUCCUUCCAUUGAUGAGGCCCGGUGGCUGUCCAAUGUGGAUGGGACUCACUGGCUGGAAUACAUAAGGAUGCUUCUGGCCGGGGCAGUAAGAAUUGCUGAUAAAAUAGAAUCUGGGAAAACCUCCGUGGUGGUACAUUGCAGUGACGGUUGGGACCGAACAGCACAGCUCACAUCUCUGGCUAUGCUCAUGUUGGACAGUUAUUACCGUACCAUUAAAGGAUUUGAAGCUCUCAUAGAAAAGGAGUGGAUAAGCUUUGGCCAUAGGUUUGCGCUGCGAGUGGGCCACGGCGAUGACAACCAUGCUGAUGCUGACCGCUCUCCUAUAUUUCUUCAGUUUAUUGAUUGUGUUUGGCAAAUGACAAGACAGUUCCCUUCAGCAUUCGAGUUUAAUGAACUAUUUUUGAUUACAAUUUUGGACCACCUUUAUAGUUGUCUCUUUGGGACCUUUCUGUGCAACUGUGAACAACAGCGACUCAAAGAGGAUAUAUGUACAAAAACUAUAUCUUUAUGGUCAUACAUCAAUAGCCAGCUAGAUGAAUUCUCCAAUCCCUUCUUUGUGAAUUAUGAAAACCACGUGUUAUAUCCUGUUGCUAGUCUGAGUCAUUUGGAAUUAUGGGUGAACUAUUAUGUACGAUGGAACCCACGGAUGAGACCUCAGAUGCCAAUCCACCAGAAUCUCAAGGAGCUGCUGGCUGUCAGGGCGGAGCUGCAGAAGCGGGUGGAGGACCUGCAGCGGGAGAGUAGCCACCUGCAGAGGUAUCAUCUUAACUGGGCAGUGUGAGAAGUUUUCCACUGAACUUCAGACUCUUAAGUGGUACAUUCAGACUGAUUUGAAGAUGUCACUUUGGUGGCAAUGUGCACGCCCUCACCUGACUCUGGUACUUCCUCCUGAAGUGUCGCAGUACAUGGCUGGGGCUGGGUGUGUGCUCGGUCCCCAGCCCUGCUGAUGGGAAGCUGGGGAUGCAGGCAGCUGUGUGCAGGUGCUGGCCAUCACUCCUGGGCCAUCUGACCUUGUGUCCUUCACCUCUUUAUAGAUGUGGCUGCUUGUGUCAAGACACAUAUGCCUGUGUUAGCUAAUUUCUCAUUUUAUCAUGUGACUGUCACUUUUUGAGAGCAACCACUGUACUGUGGCUUCGGGCUGAAAAAGCAUAGCAUGUACUUCCUGUGGGUUUCCCUCCGCAGAGCCAACCGCAGCCUCUCCUGCUUUUGCACCUUCACUUAGUGACUCUGAGCUCUGCGACGCCAUCAGUCCUUGCAGGAGUUAGUUGACCAUCAACUGGUUCUAUCUGCUAAAAUACUAGGGCCUUUCACUCCUCUGUGUGAUGUGCCACAGGGUGAAUAUUGCACACGUGGGCCCUGCCCCUCAGGCCGCGCCCCCUCCCCUGAGCUGUGCCCAUUGCCGCAGCUCACCUGAGGCCUUCCAGUGAGAGGUGGCCUCAGAAACUCACACGGUCAAACCUUAGGACAACUGUGUUACAGCGUUAGCGGGUUGGAUUCAAAUUACUGAAUUUGAUGCAAAGUCCUACAUAUUGACCUUAUUUUUGACAAUAUAUUCUUAAAUUUUUUUAUGGUCAAAUACAUAGAGAAUAGAUUUUUUAAAACUUGGAACCUUUUGAUUGUUACAGAAAAUUAUCCUUCUCAAAGAAACCAGAAAAACGUAUUCAAGUUAAAUUGAUAACCUAAACCAUUUCUCCGUUUUUCUUAUCUGGGGGUUUGUUUCUAAGUCAUAGCUCUAUUGAUCUCAGCUUUUUAUGUUCCCAACAAUCUGAAAGUUUGCAAGUAGAUAAACUGGAGUUUUCACUGAUACAUAGAUUUUUUUUUAAAAUGAGGACAUUUCCCAUUUUCAUCCCAGAAAUAGCAUUUUAAAUGUACUGUGGACAGGAUGGUGCUUUUGACAGAACCACAGAAGGCAAGUUAGGGGGAACCUGGCACCCAGACUGGGCCCUGUGUACCCUCACCAGGCAGGGGCAGCUCUGCCUUGGGCUUCCUGGACACUCCCACUUGACUUUAAAGAAGCACAAGAGAUCAUUUUCCUUCCUAUGUCUCUGUUUCUAAAACAACUUGAAGCAUAGUUUAUUAUCUUAGCAUUUUUUUUUGUUUUAUUUAAGUGUACUAGGAUGCAAAACCUUUAUGGUUCAGGUUUAUAAAAUUGGUACAGUAUCGUAUUUGCCUUAUCUGAUGCACUGUAUGUCAAUCUGUAAUUAAAAUGUUUGU